AUGCACCGCUCAGACUCGCCGGAGCCUCCCGCGAACGGCACCGGCCAUUCGACACCUGACACGCCGCCCUCGCAGUACCGCACCGCGACCGCGACACUCUCGGCCGCGUUUGCCAGCCUGUGGGGCUCCUACCAGCAGCAGCAGCCGCAGCAGCCGAAUCACAGGUCUCAGGCUGGAUCAUCUACGAUAACCGGCAAUGCGCCAGGCCCGACCCCUUCCUCGCCGCGCGCCGGUGGUGGCAGAGGCCGCACACGAGGUGCCAUUCCCUUCGCCAUCUCGGCGCCGCUCGAAGCCUCGCCGCGCGAACCGACAGCCUCGCCAAAGCAGAGGUCGGCCGGCCUCCGCAGCGUCUUCGACGUCCCAGAGGACCUCGCUACCGGCGGCCAUCCCGAUCGACGCGCGGCCAAGGACGACCUGAGCCUCGGCCACCCGCCGUCUUCGCCCCGCGCGUCCGGUAGCGGCCACGCCGCCAACGCUGCGAGCGCGGCCUACUCGACGCUGUCUCGACUGCGGACGAAACCAUCGCGGUCCGGCCUCAACCUCGGCGGUGGAGGCGGUGGCGGUGGCGGCUCGGGCUUCCUCUGGGGAACGGGCGCCGCGGCCUCUUCGUCCGAUGCCGGGCCACUGCAGACUCCGAAAGCGGCGUCCGACUGGGAGAGCCUGAUGCAGAAGCAGGAGCGCCUCGACUCCCACGUCCGGCGCAUCGUCUUCCAGGCCGGCCUCGACUACGAGACGCGGCCGAUGGUGGUGCUGGCGGCGUGCUGCCUGCCCGACCCCAAAGAGGUCGACUACGACGACCUCUUCGACCGCAUCAUUGCCACGCUCGACCUGUUUGCGGAAAACGACUACACGGUCAUCUACCUGGCCAGCGGAGGGCGGCACCGGCCCGGCUGGAACUGGCUGUGGAAGUCGUACAAGCGCCUCGGCCGUAAGUUCCGCAAGAACCUCAAGCGGCUCUACAUUGUCCACCCGACGUUUUUCACGCGCUCCCUGAUGCAGUUCAUCCAGACGGGCGCCUACUUUGUCUCGCCCAAGUUCCCCAAGAAGGUCACCACCGUCUACACGCUGAGCGAGCUGGCGCGGCACAUCCCGCUCACGCAGAUCGACAUCCCGCCCGCGGUGCUGCAGGUCAACGCCGGGCUCGAGGCUUCCGUCACGCUGCCCGAGGUGGCGGCGGCCCACGGUGGCGGCGGGACGGGCGACGGCGCGCCCAGCAAGGUGUUUGGCGUCGACCUGGUCGAGCUGAUGGGCGAGCAGGGCGAAAAGGGCGGCGUGCCCAAGGUGGUGCGCGACUGCGUCGAGGCCAUCCUCGGCAGCGUGGGCGACGUCCGGCCGAUCGAGGUCGAGGGCAUCUUCCGCCGGUCGCCGUCGUCGGCGCUGCUGCGGGCGGCCCAGGAGAGCUACGACCGGGGGCAUCCGGUCAACCUGUCCAACUACGGCGACCCGCACGUGCCCGCAGUGCUGCUCAAGGUGUUUCUGCGCUCGCUGCCCCGGCCCAUCUUCCCCGCCAGCCUCUACUCGACGAUCGCGGCCUGCCCUCCGCCGCCGUAUGCCAUCGCGACCAACGGCCGAGGCGAGGAUGCCGUCGACGGCGACGACGACGAAGACAUCGACGGCAGCGCCGCCGCAAAGCAACAGGCCGCUGCCCUGGAGACGAUCCAGCACAUCCGCGAGGUGCUGCUGCCGGCCAUUGAGCCUCCGUCUGCGGCGAUGCUGCUGUCGUACGUGCUGGGCAUGCUGCACCGGGUGUCGCAGCACGCCGACGUCAACAAAAUGGACGCGGCCAACCUCGCCACGGUCAUCGCGCCCAACCUCGUGUCGGGCGGCAACGCCAUCCAGGAUAUGAUGCUGUGCCGCGUCGAGGGCAUCCGAUCGAUGGCGGCCUUUGCCCCGAGCAGCGGCAGCCCGAGCCCGAGGCUGGGCCCGCCGGCGGCCGAUGCCGGGCCCUCGCAGCCGCAGCCGCCGUCGCCGCUGCUCCAGCCACCGCCGUCGCGGCAGAGGAAAAAGGCGCCGCCGACGACGCUGGGCACCGUCAUCCGCUUCUGCAUCGAGCGCUACUACGAGAUCUUUGACGAGGCCGAGUUCGGGCCGCGGCUGGAGCGCGCGCAGCAGAUGGUAGACGAGUUUGGCUCGCUGCCAACUUCGGCGUCGCACCGGCGCCACGGCUCGGCGGCGUCGUCGUCGACGUCGGGCCUGUCGCAGCCCAACUCGCCGUUCGGCCUUGCCUUUACGCCGUCGCGGUCGCGGCCGAGCGCGCCGAUGGUGCAGGCCGACGCAGAGACGCCCUCGACGCACCUGUCGCAGAGCAUCACGAGCCGCGGCGAGCACCGCGGCGUGGGCACGCUCGGCCGCAACUCGGCCGGCAGCCUGAGGCUGACCAAGAGGUCGCUGAGGACGGUCAACGGCAGCGGCCUCCACAGCAGCGGCAGCGGCAGCGGCGGCGGCGGCGGCGGUGGAAACAGCAACGGCAGCAACGGCUACGGCAGCCACGCAGGAGGGGCCGGACCGCGCGACGACGACCUGACGGGUGCGCUGAGCGGCGUCGCCAUCACGGGCGCCAAUGCGGCCGGCUUGUUUUCGAGCCCUGUCGCCGCCAGCUGGUCUGCCCGGGGCAGCAGCAGUAGCGGCGGGAGUGGCGACGUCGGGACGGGUUCGGUUGCUGGGACGGGCAGCGAGCCGGUGACGCCGUCUUCGCCGACGUCGCUGAGCUCCAAGGGUUCUCCGACGCUCGAGAUCAGCGCGCUGGCAGCUUCGGCGACGCGGGAUGGGGCACUCGGCGGCGGCAGCGAUGGCAGCGAUGGCGGCGGUGUAGGCAAGCGGCGCAGCGGCGAUGCGAGGGCCAUGCGCAGGGAGCUGUCCGAGGUUAGGGAGGACAACGAGGCGGCGGCCGCCUAG